UUGGAACUGUCCGGCGCCGCUCUCCUCACGCGACUCCUCAACCACGUUCACUCUUCCUUGAAGCCUGUAAUCGACAUCACGGGCGUCUACGCAUGGUCGGACAGUGAGAUCGUACUUUGUUGGCUCCGAGCUGCACCUCACAAUCUCGAGAUCUUUGUGGCGAACCGCGUUUCUCAAAUCCAGAGUUCUGAGACUUCUCUCAACUGGCGACAUGUCCCAGGGGAGUUAAAUCCCGCGGACUGCGAUUCCCGCGGCUGUGAGGCCCCAUCGCUGGUUGACCACCCACUGUGGUGGGGUCCCGAUUGGUUAUCUGGGUCUCAGUCAUUUUGGCCCCGGGGCAAUUACUCCGAACCUACCGAAUUGCCGGGCCUACGAGCCCGAGUCGGAGUGGGCAAGGAUAAGCCCACUCGGGAUCUCUCUCUUCUGGAACGGUACAGCUCCCUCGAUAAGCUCUUGGGAGUUACUGCUUGGUUGCGCCGCUUUGUCCGCAAUUCGAGAUACCCAUCCCACCGACUCUCUGAUAGCGUUUUGUCCCCUAGCGAGCGCCGGGAAGCUUUGAUGCACUGGACCCGUAUGGUCCAAACGGAGCAAUUUGAGCCCGUCAUUGAAAACUUGAAGCGUGGCUCCGUUAUCAAAGGCGCCCUGGCCCGCCUGAACCUCUUUCUGGAUAACGCGGGGAUGCUGCGCGUUGGCGGACGUUUGAAAAAUUCUCAACUGCCGUACGGGGCUCGACACCCGUUGCUGCUCCCGAAGGACGGCGCCCUGGUUCGAUUGCUGGUGGCCCACCACCAUGUUAAAAAUGCCCACGCUGGGUGCAACGCUCUUUCGGCUAUUUUACAGCGGGAGUUUUGGAUUUUGUCUGGCCGACGUCUCUUCCGGAGCGUCAUCUUUAAUUGCAUACCCUGUUAUAAACUGAAGGCCACCAUAUCGCAGCCCCUCAUGGGUGACUUGCCGCCCGACCGCGUCAGGGCCAUCCGACCAUUUGCUGGAGUCGGAACCGACUUUGCUGGCCCCUUCCUCGUUAAGUCCUCUAACAUUCGUAACGCCCGUUCGCAUAAGGCCUAUCUUUGCGUCUUCGUGUGCCUCUCCACUAAAGCCGUUCACUUGGAACUUGUAAGCGCCCUCAGCACGGAAGCCUUCUUGGCCACGCUUGGCCGUUUCGUAUCGCGGCGCGGGUUGCCGGACUUGAUCCGGUCGGAUUGCGGAACGAAUUAUAAGGGCACGGAUAGGUAUCUAAAGGAGGUCGUCGAGUUUCUGUCUAGCCACCGUAGCUAUUUAGGCAAUGCUAUGUCAAAAAGGAGCAUCCAGUGGAAAUUCGACCCUCCGGCGUGUCCUCACUGGGGCGGUAUUUUCGAGGCGGUGGUUAAAGUGGCAAAAACGCAUCUCCGUCGCGUUAUUGGUGAAGCUAUUUUGACAUUUGAGGAGCUCGCCACUGUAUUCUGUAAAAUUGAGGCGGUACUCAACUCUCGGCCCCUCUGCCCCCUCUCCUCCGACCCGAAUGAUUUGGAGGUUCUAACCCCUGGACACUUCCUGAUUGGCCAGCCUCUUAACGCUCUGCCCGAGUACCCCUUCAGGGAAACGAGCGCUUCACGGCUUAGCAGGUUUGCCCUGCUGCAACAGAUGACUCAAAGCUUUUGGCGCCGAUGGUCCCUGGAGUACCUACAUCUUUUGCAGCAGCGCGUUAAGUGGUCUGACAGGACGGAGCCUCCUCGGGUGGGAGACCUCGUGUUGAUUAAGGAACCAAACGCUCUACCUUUGUAUUGGCGCCGUGGGCGCAUUGUUAAAUUGUCGUAUGGAGCAGAUGGGGUACCUAGGGUGGCCGAGGUUUUAGUCGGAGAUUCGGUCUUGCAACGUGCCGUCGCGACCUUGUCUCGUUUGCCAAUCUACUCGCGGACCUAA